AUGGCGGGCAGAGAACCAACAGUUGCUGUGAUCGGUUUAGGAGCGCAAGGACUCGUUACGCUCAAGAAUUUGCUCGAACAAGGAUUUAAUGUUACCGGCUUCGACAGAAACGACUAUGUCGGUGGUCUGUGGCACUACUGCGCAGAGCAUCGCAUUUCUGUGCUGCCAUCGACAGUCGUCAACAGCUCUAGGGAGAGAACAUGCUUCACUGACUUUGCAUUCCCCGAAGGUACGAGUCCUUACCCUACUGCGACAGAGAUUGACCAGUACUUGAAUGCUUACUGCGAUAACUUUAACCUCUGGCCUCACCUUCGACUGAGCACAGGAAUUCAAUCCAUCCGACGAGAUAAUGUUCGGAACGGAUGGCUUCUUACCGUCCAGUCAACAACUUCCACAUCAACCGAAACUCUCUUCUUUGAGAAGUUGGUCAUGGCCUUAGGUCCGCACAGCCGACCAAACUGGCCCAGCAUUCAGGACAGUGACAAAUUCAAGGGCGAAAUUGUCCACUCUAUACAGUUCAAAGGGCCCUCGAAUUUUAAGGGGAAACGCGUCAUGGUUGUUGGUGUCAGUAAUACGGCAGCUGACACCAGCACUUCACUCGUCAACGUUGCUGACAAGAUCUAUCUUGGACACCGAGAUGGGGCAGUGGUUGUGCCACGAUAUCUCAAGAGCGGAAAGUCCCUUGACCAUGAUCUCACCUACAGAACGGGUCUUAUCAAAGAUAUACUAGAGUGGUACUUUCCAGUUGCGUCUCGCAAAUUCCUAGAUAGCAUGAUUUCCAAGAUCUCGCAGUCAGAAUUUGGAGCAAUGGAUCCUGCAUGGCGCCUAGAACCACGACCUUCUCUACUACACCAAGUACCUACCGUCUCAGAGACUUUGGUCCCCACUCUUCGUCAGGGAAACAUCGUUUCUACUGCAGCGCCUAAACGUAUAGUUGGGGACUACGACGUUGAGCUUGAUGACGGGACUGUAGUGCAAGUCGACUCCAUCAUCUGUUGCACAGGCUAUCGGCUUGACUUAUCCAUACUUGGCGAGCACGAUCCAACACUCACAGAGCCAGGUCAGCACAAUAAUCUUACACCACAAUUGUACCAGAACAUAUUCUCUUUACAAUAUCCACACUCGCUAGCUUUCGUCGGUAUUGCUAUCACUCUUCUUCCGGCCUUUAUUGCCUCAGAUCUAUCAACGAUGGCACUAGCACAGCUGUGGUCCACCAAGCCAGGAAGUCCAAGUCUACCAGCACAGGUUGAAAUGGAGAAGUGGUACGCUGAGCAUCUGAAAUGGGUUGCAGCAGUCCGAUCCAUAUCACCUCGUGGCAAGUUUGUCAAGUUGAGUGUGCAACAAGGAACGUGGAUCAAUUUCAUUCAGACGGCGGCUGGUACGAACAUUGAAGAGAACCUGGGUUAUGGGAGCUUGCAAGCGUGGAGAUACUGGCUUAGCAACCCAAGGUUUUGUAAGCUGCUAAUGGAUGGUAUCUGGAGUCCUCAUAUAUAUCGGCUUUUCGAAAGUGACCGGAGGAAAACGUGGCCAGGAGCAAGGAGUGCAAUUGGGAGGGUCAAUGACACUGUCGCAAAAGAGCGAAACCAAAGGAAACAACUCGUGAUCCAGCAGGAGAAAAGUGGAAAGCUUUCGUAA